UGCCGCCCGCCAGCCCUCCCAGGGGGCACCGGCCCGCGCCCGGCCUCCCGCCAGCCCCGCGCCUCACCCCGCGCCCCAAAUCAUUGUAGGUUUGGUGUCUUGGAAGUAUGGAAUCAAUCUCUAUGAUGGGAAGUCCCAAGAAUCUCAAUGAAACUUUUCUACCAAAUGCUGCCAAUGGCAUCAAGGAUGUCAGUAAGGUCACAAUAGGCAUCAUUGGAAGUGGAGACUUUGCCAAAUCAUUGACAAUCAGACUUAUCAGAUGUGGGUACCACGUGGUCGUAGGGAGCAGAAACCCUAAACAUGCUGCUGACUUCUUUCCCCAUGUGGUUGAUGUCACUCACCAUGAAGAUGCAGUAGCUAAAACAAACAUCAUUUUUGUAGCCAUACACAGAGAACAUUACACCUCUUUGUGGGAUCUCAAACAUUUACUUGCUGGUAAAAUUCUGAUUGAUGUCAGCAAUAAUACAAGAGUAGACCAAUAUCCAGACUCCAAUGCAGAGUAUUUGGCAUCACUUUUUCCUGAUUCCCUAAUUGUCAAAGGAUUCAAUGUCAUUUCAGCGUGGUCACUACAGUUAGGACCAAAAGAUGCCAGCAGACAGGUCUAUAUAUGCAGUAACAAUGUUCAGGCCCGCCAUCAAGUUAUUGAGCUUGCCCGUCAGCUCAGUUUCAUUCCUAUUGAUUUGGGGGCAUUGUCAUCUUCAAGGGAAAUUGAAAACCUGCCUCUGCGACUGUUCACCCUGUGGAAGGGGCCUGUACUCAUUGCCAUUAGCCUGGCAACAUUUUUCUUCAUCUAUUCCUUUGUCAGAGAUGUCAUCCAUCCAUACAUGAGAAAUCAGCAGAGUGACUUUUACAAGAUUCCCAUUGAGAUUGUGAACAAGACCCUGCCAAUUGUUGCUAUCACUUUGCUUUCUCUAGUAUAUUUAUCAGGACUCAUUGCAGCUGCUUAUCAGCUUUACUAUGGCACUAAGUACCGGCGCUUUCCUCCUUGGCUGGACAACUGGCUCCAGUGUCGAAAGCAGCUUGGACUGCUCAGCUUUUUCUUUGCAUCAGUGCACGUGGUGUACAGCCUCUGCUUGCCUAUGAGGAGAUCAGAGCGGUACUUGUUCCUCAACAUGGCAUAUCAACAGGUUCAUGCGAAUAUUGAAAAUUCUUGGAAUGAGGAAGAAGUGUGGCGAAUUGAAAUGUAUAUCUCCUUUGGAAUAAUGAGUCUUGGAUUGCUUUCUUUGCUUGCAGUAACUUCCAUCCCUUCAGUAAACAGUGCCUUAAACUGGAGGGAGUUCAGUUUUAUUCAGUCUACACUUGGAUACAUUGCUCUGCUUAUAAGUACUUUCCAUGUACUGAUUUAUGGAUGGAAGAGAGCUUUUGAAGAAGAGUAUUACAGAUUUUAUACACCACCAAAUUUUGUUCUUGCCCUUGUUCUGCCUUCCAUUGUAAUUGUAGGUAAGAUCAUCUUACUUUUGCCAUGUGUAAGUAGGAAACUGAGGAGAAUCCGAAGAGGAUGGGAGAAAAGCCAUGUUAUAGAAGAAGUAAGUGGGUCUGUUCCACAUCUUUCUCCAGAAAGGAUAACUGUAAUGUGAUGAUAUUUGUUAACACUGUUGUACAUGUUUGGGCUUUGAUUUUUGAUUUUUUUGUCUAUGUCAAAUAAACUUGCAUUUUUAGGAGUUUAGUUAAGUAGGAGUCUUUGUAAAGUCUCUUGCUUGACAUAUAGUACAAGCUCUUAACCAAGCUAUGAGAAGUCUAUAACUAGAAGACAACUACUUCUGAUAACUACAAAAAUAUUUUUCUUUUGUAUUACAGAAGGCAGAUGAUUAUGAAAUAAAUAAAAAAUUAAUGUUCCUUUGCACAGUUAUAUCACAAUAGUAUUAUAUUAGAACCAGGCUUUACGGAUAUUUUUUUGACUUAGAGCAUAUGUGUCAGAGUGCUCUUUACUAUAUGACAUUUUCUGGGCAGUGUUUCUUCUAUUAAAACCACAUUUCUGGGCUAGUGAGUUCAAAAUAUAAAGUAAAUUAUUUAAGAAAUAACUAGGGUUUGAAACAAAUUAAUUUGUAAUGCUCACAGAAUCACAGAAUGGUUUGAGUUGGAAGGGACCUUAAAGAUCAUUAAGUUCCAAUGCCCCUGUCAUGGGCCUUGACAACUUUCACCAGACCAAGUUACUCAAAGCCCCAUCCACCCUAGCCUUGAACACUUCCAGGGAUGGGGCAUAAACAACUUCUCUGGACAACCUGUGCUAGUGCCUCACCACCCUCACAGUAAAGAAUUUCCUCCAAAACUUUAAAUCUAAACCCAAUCUAAACUGACUCUCAUUUCAUUUAUAGCCAUUCCCCCUUGCCCUGUCACUACAUGCCAUUGCCCUCUCCAGCUCUCUUGCAGACUCCCUUCAGGAACUGGAAAGCUGCAAUUAGGUCACCCCUAAGCCAUCCCUUCCAGGCUGCACAAACCAGAUUCUCUCCACCUUUCCUCCCAGGAGAGGCUCCCCAGCCCUCUGACAUCUCGGUGCCCCUGCUCUGGACUCCAACAGCUCCAUGUCCUUCCAGAGCUGGGUGCCAUGUUCCAGGUGGGAUCUCUCUCCCCAGAGCAGAGCAGAGGGACAAAACCUCCCUGCCCUGCUGCCCACGCUGCUCUUGGUGCAGCCCAGGACACGUUUGGCUCUCUGGACUGUGAGUGCACAUGGCUGGGUCAUGUCCAGCCUCUCACCCAGCAGCACCCCCAGGACUCUCUGGGCAGGGCUGCUCUCAAUCCCUUCAUCCCCAGCCUGUGUGGAUACUGGGGGCUACCCCAGCCCAGGUGCAGCACCUUGCACAUGGUCAAGUGUAUUGCACAUGUACAGUAUAUUUAUUUGUGUGGUUUUACGCCAUUACAUGAUUGGAAUAUGCAAACUUGGCCUCAGUUAUGGUGUGACUGUACAUCUUGUAAGCAAAGGGUAUUGUACUAAACUGUCUUUUUUCUUUUCAAAGUAUUAAGUAGAAUUUUAGACCUUUGGCAUCUUUUUAUUUCCAUACAUCAUAUACUGAAGAUUCAAAACAGUGCUAUACAUUUAUAGAAAGAUACGUGUGUAAACUAGUUUUUGAUUUUUUAAUGACUUUGAAAUAUGUGGAGAUAUUUUAAAACAAAAAUAAAAGCUGAGAAUUCAGCAACAAUAAAAAUCCAUUUUCACUGUGAAACUUCCAAUAUAUUGGAAGCAUCACAAUAAUCAUGUUCUGUAUGUGUCUACACUGGAGUUUCAGUUAUUAUAUAUGAAUUUCCCAGAAUGUGUCUUAAAUUCUUAGUAUCUUUUUGUGCAAAUCCAAUCUUCUAUUUUUAUAUAAAGGUCUAACUUUUACAAAUGUCUCUGGGAUAUGCCUGAAGUUGUGAGAAACCAAAUUAUUAUUAUUAUACUUAAAAAUCUCUAAACCUUGACAUUCACUUUUGCUGUCAGAUUCUAAAUAAUGUUCACAAUUACCUAUUACUACUGCUGUGUCAGUAGUAAUUACUCUUCUCUAACAAAACAACCAAACUCAACUCAUACCUUCAGGCUGCUACUGCUUAAUUAGCAGAACUUCUAUUUCAGUGAAUCAGAUUGUGUAUUUGGUUCUAUUUUUCUUGUAUUAAAUUAUAUUUUUUCAUAUCUAUAUUUGCACUGUUUAAAAUCUCUGAUUUUCUUAGCUGAGCCUUCUCUUAUUAUUUAUUGCUUUGAAAGAAUUUGGCCUAUCAUGUAUCAGAAAUAUAUAGAAUUAAGCUUGAAUUAAUCCUUAAACAUCACUGGUCCUAUAAAUCUCAUUAUCUCUGCUUGUAAUGAAAUGAACAGCUUCACAGAAAAAGAAGAUUCUAGAAUCAAACUCUGCCCCCAUUAUGCCAACCUAAGAGUUCAAAGAAUUCAUGUUAGUUGUUCUUAAAUUAAUUUAAAAUUCAAAAUAUCAACAACUAUUUUAUUUUUAUUCUAGUAUCCAAAUUCCCCAAACAUAUACAUCAAGCCUGUGUAUAUUCUGGGUUUGUUGCAAAAUGAGAAACACUUGAACUUCCUUUCAUUUUAAGCAUGUUCAAAUCUAGAGAUGAAAAAUAAAAUACUUGCAUGAUGUUUUUUCAGAAUUAAAGUAUUUUUAUAUGUCUUUAGACAUGUUUUGUAUUGAAUGAGAGACCAGUGGAUCCUUGAAAAUGGAGGUUUGUGAAUACAUUUUUUGAAAAAAACAACUAUUACAUGGGUCAACAGAUAUUUGAUACUUUAUUUUAGUUCACAAAUUUUCAAUUUCAAGUAGUUGGAAAGCCCAGAUUUAUCCUCCCUUUUAAGCCUUAAUGAGGAUUCAAUUGGAAAGAACAUAAUUAAUUUUUAUUUCACAAUUUUUUUGAAAAAUAAAUUAUAAGAAAAGCAAUAAUUGGUCAGGCUAAGGUCUUUGAGUCUUGUCUCCAGUAGCUGACAAGUGGUAGAUGCUUCUAAAAAGAAAGCAAGUGUCCAGUGAUUUUUUUUUCCUAACACAACUUCUCAGCCUCUUGGAAAUCAAUAAUUUUGUUUUUUUUAACAGAAAAAAGGUUCAGUAAAUAUAUCAAAUAAACUAAAAAAUGUUUGCAUUCUUUCUUUUUUCCAAAACCAAAUAAGUUUGUUUCAGGGUAUUUAUUUGAUUGUUCCUCCUCCAAUAUGCAGCUAUUUCAGAGAUUGGUGGUGAUAUACAAGUACAAUACUUUUUUAUCCAACAUUCUAGACAUUAACAGAAAACCCUGUUGUUGCUGGAGACAGACAGGAGCCUAAACUACUACAAAUGAGAUUUUCACAUAAAAAUGAAGAACAAUUAACAAUUAUGACUUCUAACCUAACUUUGUCUGUAAUGGCAUUCUAAAAGGUGUACAUUUCUUAAAAGGCUUGCAGAAUUGAAUGUCCUGGACUGUUUCCUGUUUCACUAUUGCAGAGUGAAACCAAACAAGGUUGAAGCAUUGCGCUUCAUUCCUUUACAUAAAAUUAACGUCUAAAAUCUUAGAACAAACAUAUCAAAUCUUGGAUAAUUUUAAUGGGAUAAAUACCACUCUACGUUCUACCCCAGUCCUGCACAUGAAACCUAAUUAAAAUCACUAGAAUGGGCUGGUAUAACUGAGAGUAGAAUUUCAUACCUCUGAACAGAUUUAGGCAGAAAGUAUUACCAUUGACAAUCUGACUACAUUUGAAAAUUAAAUACGCUGCUAUUAUUUUAUGGUAGUUUUACAUUUCUGUGGAUUAUGUAGUUAACAUUCAUGUUCCCUACAAUUAUUUAAUUAUUUUGAUGCAAUAGUGAUAAUGUUGCAGAACUAUGAUAUUGUACUAACUGAAAAAUACUGUCAAAGUCCAUAGAUAUUGUACUGUAAUGAAUCCACUGACAGUAUAUGCAGAAAUGUAUUGGCCCUCUUUCCUAUGCAAAAAGUUACUUCAUCAUUAAAUUUCUUCAACAAUGACAAUAUUGCAAAAUUUUAAACUGCCAAAGAUGUCUGGAGAGAGUAAUGAUGAGUCAUUCCUAUUUUCAAAUUGUGUGUAGAAAAUUAAAAAUGUGUUUUAACUUUAUAUGUUACUUGAAAGGUUGAAAUAUUAAAGUAUUAAUAAAUAGACAGUAUUUUUAGAUCAACUAUGUGAAGACAUUUUGUGAAAUAUUUGUGCUACAAAAAUGACAUAUUUAGUCCUGUUAGGCCAUGUAUUUACUUCUAACUGGAAGAGCAUGUUGACUUGUUAUUUAAUAUUUUGUAGUGUUCUUUAAGGACCAAUUCAUUCUAACAAAACACUGUUAAGCCUGAAGGUAAACAAU